CACCCUUCUUGCUCCUCAAGCGCCUCUUCCCGCCGAUGGUCGUCGCCGCGCCAGCACUGUCCACGGCCGCCAAGCGUGUGCUCGUCCUCGGCUGGUUCGGGAGCACGCCAAGCGCUAUGAGGCCGAUUGCCGACAUGUACUCGCAGCUCGGCUAUGAGCCCACGCUGCUACCGUGCGAGCGCAAGGACGCGCUGCGCUCGAUGUGGUACCCGUCCUGGCGAAAGAUGAUCAAGGAGGGUCCGCCGGCAGAGGUGCUCGAGAGCGGUGAGUUCGAUCGCGUGCACCUCUUCAGCGGCGCGGUAUUCAAGUACUACUGCUGGAUGAAGGGCGGCAAGGGCGAGAGCCUUGGCCACUCGGAGAUCGUCUUCGACUCGACUCCCUUCCUGCCGACGCCCGGCCAACUCUGGUCGUUUACGGGCGGCAUCGCCGGGUCGUCGCCGACGGCGCAGCGGCUCCUGCGCAUGCCCGGGUCGCGCCGGGUGUUCGAGACCGGGAUCAACCUCGCGUGGAAGUCGACCGGGUACCGCUACAAGAAGCGGCUCGCCGAGUUCGAGGAUGAGCUCGACUGCGGCAGGAGGAAGCUCGUCCUGCUCGGCGGCGCAGACUCGAUGGUCGACCCAGAGGUGGUCGAGCGGCAGGUGGGUCGGUGGAGGGCCUCGGGGACGGAUGUCGCGCUCCACCGCUUCGACGGCGUCGGCCACGUCCUCGCGCACCGCCGGCGGCCGAAGCCAUACUUGUCUGCGCUCGCCGGCGAGGCGGCGGCGGAGGAGGCUGCCGCUCCGGCGGCGGCGAAGCAGGCAGCCCGAGCCAAGCACGCGGUGCUGCAGCCGUACCCCGGGGACGUUGGCUUCAUCCCCCAAGCUUUGCCCAGCCCUGCCUUCCCUUGACCGCUCGCCUCGGCUCGGCUCGGACCGGGCGCCUCCAUCUCUCCCCUCCACCCCUCUCUGUGUCUCUGCGCGCCCCUCACCUCAUCCCCUUCCCUCCCCCCUCCUCUCCCCACGCAUGCACGGUGCACCUGGAGGAGCGUGACGGCUACCAAUCGCGCCGUGAGGCGCGAGUCGCGAGAGAGGGCGAGAAAGCCUUGGCGAGCUGACUGUAGAGUUGACCCAAGCCUCGGCCCACUCGCAAGGGAUGUGGUUUUUUGGCUUCAGUGUGUGUAAGUGCGCGGGUAUUAGCGAUUCCUCUAGUUGUGCAAGUUGUGUGUAAUAUUCUUUCUACGAU